AUGGCAACAGCCCGAGGCAAGUUGCUCGACGCAGUUGCCGCGGCACCCUCGGCCGAUGAGGUGUUCGAUUUUGUCUCGCUGCAUGCGAGGAUCCACGACCUGCAGGCCGACCUGAAGACCGUGGACGAGGCGUGCCGAGCCGCGGGUGGCUCCUCCUCGCCGGGGCUCAUUGCAGCCCGCGGGGCCCGAAUCGUCAGCGCCGCCGUGGCGGAGGCGGAGGCUGCGCUCGAGGCGUGGCGGCCAGGGGGCAAGGGGGUCACCACAGGGGCGGUGGCGAGCAGUGCGAGCCCGCCCGCGCCCACCGGCCUCGACCGCCUCUUUCGAAAGAUCCUCUGCGGUGCCGACGUCGACGCACUCGCCGAGUCCAUCCUGCGCGACAAUGACGCGUUGCUCGACAACUGGAAGCUGGUGGUGCAAUAA